AUGUGUCUGUCCCGGUUUCAUAACCGCCGCGUUGCCCCGGAUGCGCUACUUGUGCUCAGCUGGAUUGCCUCGGGCCAUGUCCAACUCAUGGUCGCAGAGGCCGUGUCCAUCACCAUCGUUGUCAAUUCCGUGCAUUCGAAUACACGGCCCAUGGCGACUAGCCUGCGUCGCGCCUACUUCCACAAACCUCAGCUCGACUAUCGAGCAAAGCUAAAGCAGCACAGACUACCUAGAUGUGAGACACUCUCGUCUGCCUCUCGACUUGCUGAAGGCAAUUUCAAUCAGCAAGUAUCUUAA